GUGGGCUGUCCUACACACUAGCCUCUUCUGAUACAAGCUGAGUUCAAUAGCCACAAGCAGCCAGUAUUUGACCAACCUUUGGACACCUCUGCAUCACAUCUGAAGGCUUCUGAGGGCGUGAGGAUGAAACUGUCCUGUGUUGUUGCUGUUGCUGUUCUUGUUCUGGUACUCUGCUCCCAGGGACAAAGCCAGUAUGCCAAUGGACCUGAUAAAUGUUGUUUUAAAUUUUACAGCAAGCCGAUUCCACCUAGAGCCAUAACAAAGUACAAAUCUACACACCACAGUUGCACCACAAAGGCAGUGAUCCUUGUCACUCGGAGGGGCAAAGAACUGUGCGCCAAACCAGAGGUCAAACAAAUCCAGGACAUCAUGGAGAAACUGGACAACCUGUUUGGUACCCCGGCCCCCACCAGCUCUCCUUAACGUGUGACCACGGACAAGGCCCUCCGGUUCCCAGCUCCCUGCGCACACUGCACCUCAGAGUUACAGCAAACGUAACAACCUUUAAUGCUUUGUUCUGCACUAAAAUUGUAUUCCUGUACAAAUACCCUUUAAAAAAAAAAAAAAAAAAAAAAGUAACGUGUUUUUUUUUUUUUAAAGUGCCUUUUCAAGAUGAGACCGAUAGAUGAAUAAGCUUGACUAAUAAACCUAAGAAUUCCGCUGCGUUUAA